UUUCCUGUUUAAAUGUUUGGAUUUCCUGAAAUCUAUCAGUCUGAAGGGUGUCCAGUGCGUGGCCUUUUCCUCCCCUUCUUUCUGCUCAGAUGGGUGGACUUCCCUUCCCAACUGUAUUUCUGUCUCCACACCAGCCAAGAUUUUUAUGGAUGGAAGUCAAAACUUUUUAGGCACCCCCAGAAAAUAUCUUUGGAUCCCUGGACCUUGAGAUGUGCUUUGUUUAAUCUAGCAAGCAAAUAAUCACAAGAAAAAUUCUUGGGAAUUACUAUUGGUGCAGCGUUGCCUUUGUUUCCCCCCCCCCUUUUUUUUUCUUUCUUUUUUUUCCCAGCUCCAUGUUGGAAAAUAAUUUUAGCACUUUAAAGACAAUGGAAUGAUGGCCUUUUUUUUGGCAUGCUCUUCGGGAAUGGGACAUCAAACUGGACAAGACUUGACAUUCUCCUCAGCUACAUUUAGAAAAUUCCUGAGGGAGUGAACAAGAUAGUUAUAAGAGGUAAUUUUCUUGGGUUGAGACAUGAGAUCUUCAGCUUCCAGGUUGUCCAGCUUCUCCUCAAGGGAUUCAUUAUGGAAUCGGACCAUGCCGGACCAGAUCACUGUGUCGGAGUUUAUUGCUGAGACGACGGAAGAUUACAAUUCCCCAACGACCUCCAGUUUUACCACCCGGCUACUGAACUGCAGGAACACCAUCACGCUGCUAGAAGAGGCCUUAGAUCAGGACAGAACUGCACUACAAAAAGUGAAAAAAUCUGUAAAAGCAAUAUAUAAUUCUGGGCAAGAACAUGUCCAAAAUGAAGAAAGCUAUGCACAAGUGCUAGAUAAAUUUGGAAGUAAUUUCUUAAGUAGAGAUAAUCCAGACCUGGGCACCGCUUUUGUAAAAUUUUCCAUGCUAACUAAGGAAUUGUCAACACUGCUUAAAAAUCUGCUGCAAGGGUUGAGCCAUAAUGUUAUCUUCACCUUGGAUUCCCUGUUGAAAGGCGAUUUGAAAGGAAUUAAAGGGGAUCUGAAAAAGCCUUUUGAUAAAGCCUGGAAGGACUAUGAGACCAAAUUCACGAAAAUCGAAAAGGAAAAAAGGGAACAUGCCAAACAACAUGGGAUGAUACGGACAGAGAUUACUGGAGCUGAGAUAGCAGAAGAAAUGGAGAAAGAGAGAAGGCUUUUCCAACUCCAGAUGUGUGAAUAUCUCAUUAAGGUUAAUGAAAUCAAGACAAAAAAGGGCGUGGAUCUUUUACAGAAUCUUAUUAAGUAUUAUCAUGCACAAUGCAAUUUCUUUCAAGACGGCUUGAAGACAGCUGAUAAACUCAAACAGUACAUUGAAAAGCUAGCUGCUGAUUUAUAUAACAUAAAACAGACACAAGAUGAAGAAAAGAAGCAGCUCACUGCACUGAGGGACUUGAUCAAAUCCUCAUUACAACUUGACCAAAAAGAGUCUAGGAGAGAUUCACAGAGCCGGCAAGGAGGAUACAGCAUGCAUCAACUUCAGGGAAAUAAAGAAUAUGGCAGUGAAAAAAAGGGAUACCUUUUAAAGAAAAGCGAUGGCAUACGUAAAGUUUGGCAGAGAAGAAAAUGUACAGUUAAAAAUGGAAUACUGACCAUUUCACAUGCAACUUCAAACAGGCAACCUGCUAAAUUAAAUCUGCUGACAUGCCAAGUGAAACCAAAUGCUGAAGACAAGAAAUCGUUUGACCUGAUAUCACAUAACAGAACGUACCACUUUCAGGCAGAAGAUGAACAAGAUUAUGUUGCGUGGAUAUCGGUACUGACCAACAGCAAAGAAGAAGCUUUGAAUAUGGCCUUCCGUGGAGAACAGAGCACGGGGGAGAACAGCCUAGAGGAUCUUACAAAAGCCAUCAUUGAUGACGUUCAGAGAUUGGCUGGAAAUGAUGUCUGUUGCGACUGUGGGUCACCAGAUCCAACUUGGAUUUCAACUAACCUGGGCAUUUUAACCUGUAUCGAAUGUUCCGGAAUACACAGAGAAAUGGGUGUUCAUAUUUCUCGUAUCCAGUCUUUAGAAUUGGACAAAUUAGGAACAUCUGAACUCUUGCUGGCCAAGAAUAUAGGAAAUAAUAGUUUUAAUGAAAUUAUGGAGGGAAACUUACCGACUCCGUCUCCAAAACCUACUCCAUCAAGUGAUAUGACUGCCCGUAAAGAAUUUAUUAUUGCUAAAUAUGUGGAUCAUAAGUUCUCCAGAAAGACCUGUGCAUCGACAGCAGCUAAAUUGAAUGAAAUACUAGAGGCUGUUAGAUCCAGGGAUUUACUUGCACUAAUUCAAGUUUAUGCAGAAGGAGUUGACCUAAUGGAGCCGCUCUUAGACCCUGGACAGGAGCCAGGGGAAACCGCUCUUCAUUUAGCAGUCCGGACUGCCGAUCACUCUUCACUCCAUCUGGUCGACUUCCUUGUACAAAACUGUGGACACCUGGAUAAGCAAACAGCAUUGGGGAAUACAGUUCUACAUUAUUGCAGUAUAUAUAACAAACCAGAAUGUUUGAAGUUGGCUUUGAAGGGGAAGCCAACUUUGCAUAUAGGUUUAAGUUUAUCCUGGCGUUUUGCAGUAAAUCAAGCUGGAGAAACUGCCCUGGACACGGCGAAGAGACUGAAAGCUAUCCAGUGUGAAGAUUUGCUUUCCCAGGCCAAGGUGGGGAAACUAAAUCCGCACGUGCACGUUGAAUACGAGUGGAAUCUUCGACAGGAAGAAAUGGAUGAAAGCGACGAUGAUCUGGAUGACAAGCCUAGCCCGAUUAAGAAAGAACGUUCUCCCAGACCGCAGAGUUUUUGUCAUUCUUCCAGUAUUUCUCCCCAAGACAAAAUGGCUCUUCCUGGUCUUGGCACUCCGCGAGACAAACAGAGACUCUCCUACGGCGCCUUCCCACAUCAGAUUUUUGUCUCUGCCAGCAUCGACUCUGCCACUUCGCCAACGACAGUAGAUGGGCCUCCGCUUCCUCCAAGAAACGCUGGAAAAGGUCCAACGUGCCCUCCUUCAACACUCCCAUUAAGCACUCCAGCCUCUAGUGGCAGCUCCACCCUGUCUAAGAAGAAGCCCCCUCCCCCACCCCCUGGACACAAAAGAACCCUAUCAGACCCACCCAGCCCACAACCUCAUGGGCCCCAGAAUAAGGGCCAAAUGUCUUGGGGUAAUGAUCUGGGUCCACCAGCCACCAAGACUGCAAACAAAUUUGAAGGGAUGUCUCAACAGUCAGGCACCGGGACUGCUAAGACUGCCUUGGGGCCCCGAGUGCUUCCGAAACUACCUCAAAAAGUGGCAUUACGAAAAAUAGAAACAAUUCAUCUCCCUUCGCUCGAUAAAUCCAGCCACCAAUCUGAAACCUUUCAAAAGUCCGCUUCUCUUUGUAUCGAUCUGCCCCAGAAACCCCAGCCUGCAGAUUUAGCCCCCAAACCAGGAGAAUUACCCCCCAAACCCCAACUGGGGGACCUGCCUCCCAAACCUCAACUAGCAGACUUACCUCCAAAGCCCCAAAUGAAGGAUCUCCCUCCAAAACCACAACUAGGAGAAGCUUUGACAAAAUCUCCUGGUGGGGAGAUAUCCCCCAGAUCUCAGCCCUCUGAGGCCAAUCAGAAAUCGCCCAAUAUGGAUCUUUCCCCAAAGAUACAAUUGAAAGAGAUUGUCCAGAAACAAGCAUCGGAAGAGUCUGGAGAUACAACUCCUGGAUCAGCAGAAACCCCCGUGCCACUUCCUAGAAAAAUUAACAUGAGUAGUCCUGCCGUGCGUUGGCCCUGGCGAGUUGUCCCACGGCACGUUGGCUGUGGUGUGUUGUCCCGUGGCGAGUUGUCCUGUGGCAUGUUGGCCAUGGCGAGUUUUCCAGUGGGAAAAAAUAAAGUUAGGAGGGUGAAGACAAUCUACGAUUGCCAGGCGGAUAAUGACGACGAGCUUACAUUUGUAGAGGGCGAAAUUAUUAUCGUCACAGGAGAGGAGGAUCAAGAGUGGUGGAUCGGCCACAUUGAAGGGAAGCCAGAACGGAGAGGGGUCUUCCCCGUCUCCUUCGUCCACAUUUUAUCAGACUAAAUCCAACCGGAAACUUGAGUAUUGCACAUUGUUCCUGCAAGUCAGGCUUUAAGCACGAAGCAAAACAGCUGCUGCAUCCCUGUAAUUCUGUGCAUAAUUGUGGAUAUUGAUGUAUAUAUAUAUAACUGCUGUUAACAAGACAAGAACUCGUACGAGGGACUCAUACCUGUAUUGUAUAUAGAAGGCGUUCCUUUGCCAUUGCCAGUAUUAUGGUCAUUGUUGAAGCUGGCAUGCCUUACUGGGUUGCUCAAGCCAUUCUUGGCAUCAAGCACUUAAUUUUUUUUUUUUUUUUUUGUCUGUGUGUUAUGAAUUGCCAGCUUUCUAAAUAAACUGUUAGUUCCCAUUCAGUCCUAUUCAGCUGUACAGAAUUUACCGUUCCUAGUAAUACAUCAGUAUUCUCAAAGUAGAUAGCUAGCAGCGUUACCCUUUCGCCCCGCCCCCCAAAGAAACAGCUGAUGUCAGUUGGCAAAUCCCCCUUCCUUGGUGUUCAUUUUUUUUUAAAAAAAAAAAUGUGUCCGGUGUAUCCCAUCCAUCCAACAAACGAAAAUAUGCACUAACGCUACAGGUAAAACCAGUAGAAUUGUUGUGGUGCAUUAAGCCACGUUUUCAUGUUUGUAUUCUGUAACUGCAAGUCUUUUCCUGUGCUCUUUUACCUCAUCUCAGAAGUCUUUAAUAAAAAUUAUUCAGCCUCGCACAGAAACCCACAAGAGAUUCCUGGCUGGAGCUUUUCUUUCAGGAUCUCAGUAUAAAGUACAUUCCUACGCGCAUGGCUUCUUCAUGUUUCUGCUUAUAGUCUCUGUUCAGGCAAGAACUUAAGUGACAUUUGUCAGCUUGUCAUUCAUUUUUCAAAUAGGGUAGCUUCGGAGUGAUCUCCUUACAGUCCAGAUCAAAAUAUCAACUGAGCAGAGUAUUUGUUGGCUGUCUUAAUUCGUUCACUAGGCUAUUGGGGGAUUUCAAUCUUCAUUCCACCUAAGCCAUAUUCAGUCGCAAUAUUGCUAUUGUAUUACUGCCUGGAGAACUCAAAAUCGUUAGCGAAACAAUUAAAAAAUACCCUUUCCUGAAAAACAGCUGCUGUUAGAGAAGCCACAAGAACAUCUGGAAGUAGUUUGCUUUCCUAAACUGAACAAUGCCGAGUCUGGCAGCCACAAUGUUAAUAAUGUAGGAAGGACCUGUUUGGACCUGUAAUUAUUAGACUGCUAAAAUAUUAUGACUGCAGCUUCAAUUCAUUUUUUUUUUCAAUCAAGGUAGUAAGGGCAUAUUCCUUUCGGCUACGUAUUUAUUUGUUAAGACUGUGCAUGCUUCGAACACAAUUUGGAAGAAGGCUUCAGACUUUGCACAAUUGCCACACCUCUCUGCUACACAAUUAGGUUUUCUCUGAAAUUUCUGCAAAACCUGAAAAAAAGUGCCACUCCUUGCAGUUUAAGGAGCUGACCCCUUAAAGUGACAGUACAUUUUUUUAUAGAGAGAUUUGCAUGGAAGCCUAAAAAAGAUAUCUGAUAAACAGCAGAGAAUUGCUGGGCCAAAGCACUUCUUCCUAAACAUUUUCAGAACAGAUAAAAGCCUUUUGGGAGGGAGAAAUGAAUAGAGCUAGAGUUUUGUUACGUGUUUUGCAGUUUUACUGGGCAGAAACUGGUUUUUUAAAAGCGACUUUGCCAAUAGACCAAGUUUCACUUCCUCUAGAGCAGUCUGUUGAAAUUCCAUCUCAAAACAAUUCAUUUCACUCCAAGCACAAGCAUCAAUUAAUUGCAUGUUAAAUCAAAUAAAUAUUGAGUUUUGCAACACAUCCAUAGCCAAAGCAAUAUGGACCUGUUGUGUUUUUUUUUUUUUAAAAAAAAAAAAACAACCUCAGUGUUUGAGUGGUUAACAUACAAAAUACAAGCGAUUUAAGAACUUUUAACGUGAAAGAAAGCCAAGCAUUUAUCAGCUCUUAUUGCAAAGUGAGUUUUCAAACCAUUGCUUCAUCUGGGUAACAGACAUUUUGUUCAAAGGUACAAGAUGAAUGACUGAGCCUGUUUGCAAACGUCAGUGUUUUCCGACUUAAGCUGUUUAUAUAAACGCUAGAACAAAAAUGACUUAGCAUUCCAUAUUGCUCGUUAAGCAUCCUUCCAGUGCAUUAAAGGAGAAAACUCAUCUACUUUGUCAAUUGUCUUUUAAAACAAACUCAGAAUCCACGUUUUAAAAAAAAUAAAAAUAAAAGCGAACCUAUAAAGAUGUGUAAAAUGAUGUAGAGUCAAAUGUCUAUUAUUUUGUAAGCUUUUUGAAGUAGCAUAUGGAUUUUUUAAAUAAAAUGAGUUCCAUCGGGAACCAAGAGCUGACUAUUUGAUUUAGAGUCCAUAGGCGAAUUAAGAUGCAAUGUAUGAUAUAUAGGUUGAGUUUAAGUACAAGGCUUCUUAUUUAAACUCAGAGCCAUUAUCUGCAAUUUUGUACAUUUCAUGAUAUAUUUGGAAAGCCUGCUUGUUUUUUGGAGUUUUUUUCCCCCCCAGGGAGGGAAGUAUGUUCUGGCAACGAUGUGUUAUCUUACUGUUGAACAGCAAUUGCUAUUUAUUUUUUUAUGACAUACUGCAACCACCUGUAGAAGAAAAACAGAUCUUAUAGUACUAGUUGAUACUGAAAUCUCCUUUGAAUGUUACAGUCAUCAUCCUAUACCAGUACACUUGUCUCCUUAUGUGUUUAAUGUGACCGUUUGAGUACUGUAUGUGUUAAUUUCUACUUUUUUAAUAUUUAAAAUUGCUUUUAAAUAAAUGUAUUCAGUUGAUUCCA